UUUUUAAAAGGGUGAAGGUCACAAUUUGUCAACAGAAGGGGAAAAUUGUGGAAAAAAUAUCAGAAUGACGGACUCAAAGUACUUCACUACCACCAAGAAGGGUGAAGUCUUUGAAUUAAAAACAGAGCUGCAAAGUGAUAAAAAAGAAAAGAAGAAAGAAGCCGUCAAAAAAGUAAUUGCAAGCAUGACUGUUGGAAAAGAUGUCAGUGCUCUCUUUCCUGAUGUUCUGAACUGCAUCCAGACAGAUAACUUGGAGCUCAAGAAGCUAGUCUAUCUGUACCUGAUGAAUUAUGCUAAAAGCCAGCCAGAUAUGGCCAUCAUGGCAGUUAAUACAUUUGUCAGGGAUUGUGAAGAUUCUAAUCCACUUAUUCGAGCCCUGGCUGUCAGGACGAUGGGUUGUAUCAGGGUGGACAAGAUCAUUGAUUAUCUGUGUCAGCCAUUGAGGAACUGUCUGAAGGAUGAGGAUCCGUAUGUAAGAAAGACGGCAGCUGUGUGUGUGGCCAAGCUCCAUGACAUCAACGCUCAGCUGGUGGAGGACCAGGGAUUCCUGGACCAGCUCCGGGACUUGCUGUCUGACUCCAAUCCCAUGGUGGUUGCGAAUGCAGUUGCUGCUAUCUCCGAGAUCCUGGAAACCUCUCCUACAGCUCAGCAGGUGCUUGAAAUGAACUCCAGUACCAUCAACAAACUACUGACUGCCCUCAAUGAAUGCACAGAGUGGGGGCAAGUCUUUAUACUAGACGCCAUUUCCAACUACACUCCCAAAGAUGACAAAGAAGCUCAAAGCAUCUGUGAGCGAGUGACUCCCCGAUUGGCCCACGCUAACGCAGCUGUGGUCCUGUCAGCCGUGAAGGUUGUAAUGAAGUUCAUGGAAAUGUUGGAGGCCAACUCCGAGUACAUCUCUACCCUGGUAAAGAAGCUGGCCCCUCCCCUGGUCACCCUGCUGUCUGCUGAGCCAGAAAUUCAGUAUGUGGCCCUCAGGAACAUCAAUCUGGUGGUGCAGAAACGACCGGAGAUCCUCAAAAAUGAGAUGAAAGUUUUCUUUGUGAAAUACAAUGACCCAAUUUACGUGAAACUGGAGAAACUGGACAUUAUGAUCAGGCUCACUUCUCAGGCCAACAUUGCUCAGGUCCUGGCAGAACUUAAAGAGUACGCUACAGAGGUAGAUGUGGACUUUGUGAGGAAGUCAGUGCGAGCCAUUGGUCGCUGUGCCAUCAAGGUCGAGCCAGCCGCUGAGCGAUGUGUCAGUACGCUGCUAGACCUGAUUCAGACCAAGGUCAACUAUGUAGUGCAGGAGGCCAUUGUUGUCAUUAAGGACAUUUUCAGAAAAUAUCCAAACAAGUAUGAAAGCAUUAUUGCAACACUUUGCGAAAAUUUGGACACAUUGGAUGAACCUGAAGCCAGAGCCUCCAUGAUUUGGAUCAUUGGUGAAUAUGCAGAGAGAAUUGAUAAUGCAGAUGAACUGCUGGAAAGUUUCUUGGAGGGAUUCCAGGAUGAGAAUACUCAGGUGCAGCUACAGCUGCUGACAGCCAUUGUAAAACUGUUUUUGAAGCGACCAACUGACACACAGGACCUGGUUCAGCAGGUGCUCAGUCUGGCCACACAGGAUAGUGACAACCCAGAUCUGAGAGACAGGGGCUACAUAUACUGGAGGCUUCUCUCCACUGAUCCAGCGGCAGCUAAGGAGGUGGUUCUGGCUGAGAAGCCACUCAUUUCAGAGGAGACAGAUCUGAUCGAGCCCACGCUGUUGGACGAGUUAAUUUGUAACAUCUCCAGUCUGGCUUCAGUGUACCACAAACCCCCCAAUGCCUUCGUGGAGGGCAGUAAAUCCUCUCUUCGGAAAAUCCUGCCACCAAGGUCACAGUCAGGUAACGUUGGUGAUGACCAGCCAUCUCCCCCAGCUGAGGCCCCCUCAGCACCUGCAGCGACUGUCAUCCCUGGGGUGGAUUCCCUCAUUGGAGACCUUCUGGACAUGGAUCUGGGAGGACCCUCCAUGCAACAGCAACAAAUGUAUCCCCCACAGCCCACCUCACAGACUCCCGUACAGGGGGGUGGCGGCAUGGAUCUACUUGGAGAGGGACUGGAUUCUCUGCUUGGUGGACCUGCUCCGAGUGGGGAUUCUUUAGGGGGACUGGGUGAUAUAUUUGGAAUGCCAACAGCACAAUCUUAUGUGCCUCCACAAGAAGUGUGGCUGCCAGCAUCUAAAGGUAAAGGACUUGAGGUCACUGGCACAUUCAGCAGGAAGCAGGGAAAUGUCAUCAUGGAACUGACAUUUGCUAAUAAAGCCAUGCAGCCAAUGACGGGAUUCGCAAUACAGUUUAAUAAAAAUAGCUUUGGUUUGAUGCCUGCAUCACCUAUAAACAUUCCUUCAGCAUUACUUCCUAACCAGAGCACCAGCUAUUCUCUACAGUUGAGCACUAUGGGAGCAGUGCAGCGAAUGGACCCACUCGCAAAUCUACAGGUGGCGAUAAAGAACAACAUAGACGUGUUCUACUUCAGCUGUCUGGUGCCCAUGCAUGCCCUCUUUGUGGAAGACGGUGAAAUGGAAAAACGUGUAUUUUUAGCCACAUGGAAAGACAUUCCUGCCCAAAAUGAAGUUCAGCAUGAGAUCUGUAAUGUACAGCAUAAUGCAGACACCAUUUCACAGAAGCUGAAGAACAACAAUGUUUUUACGAUAGCAAAGCGUAAUGUAGAAGGACAAGACAUGUUAUAUCAGUCACUCAAAUUAACAAAUGGAAUCUGGGUGUUAGCAGAAUUAAAGAUACAGCCCAAUAAUCCCAACUUUAUGCUAUCCCUAAAAGCCAGAGCAAUGGAUGUAUACCAAGGCAUACAGCAGGCGUUUGACAACAUCCUUCACAAUUAAUGACCAGACUUUUUGAUUUUGUUUUAUGCCAUAAUAAGUGGACCUAAUUCCAUAACGGUGUUGUGAUAAUCCUUAAACAUUUUAGGAUGUUCUAUUCAUUUAUGCGUAUAUUAUAUUACAAGGUGUGGAUGCACACUUACGCUAUGUCUACAUGUAUGUUAUGUUGAAUAUACUGUAUUUAUUAUUGUAUCUGAAGGUAUGUAGAAUCAUUGAAAAAUCUUUUAAAUCAAAGUUUGUCUCCCUUGGACAAUAAUAAAGUACUAUUAAAAGGAAA